GCAACCGGAAGCCGACUUGCACUGAUGACUAUGACUGUCUUUACUCUUCUGACCGCCAUCAUUAUUGCUUUCGUAUACGGCUGGCAGUUGACUUUGCUUAUCCUGGCCUGCAUUCCUUUCGUUAUUGCUGCAAAUGCUGCAAGUGCUAGGUCUAUGUCUGGUCACGCCGCAAAAGAUCAAAAAGCUUUGGAAGAGGCUGGAAGGAUUUCAACAGAAUCUGUUGAAAACAUAAGAACCGUGGCUUCACUGACCAAGGAAGAUGCGUUUUAUGAAAGAUACAUUGCUAGCUUGAAUGGUCCAUAUAGAGAUUCUCUGAAAAAAGCCCCUCUCUAUGGAUUUACUUACGGAAUAGCUCAGAGUGCAAACUACUUUAUCGAUGCAGCAGUCUUCAGAUUUGGGGCAUGGCUCAUAGCCCGUGGUCUGACCAACUUUGAAAAUAUGUUUAUAGUCUUCUCUUCCGUCGUAUUUGCAGCGAUGAACGUCGGUCAGUCCGCUUCCCUAGCGCCAGAUUAUGGCAAAGCAAAAAUGUCAGCCCAAAGAAUCUUCCAGCUUUUAGACAGAAAACCUCUAACUGACACUUACAGUGAAGAGGGUGAAAAAUUGAGCAAAUUUGAUGGCAACAUUGAAUUCAGAAACAUCCAUUUUGUAUACCCAACAAGGCCAGAAGUUCCAGUGUUGCAAGGACUCAGCCUGAAGGUUAACAAAGGACAGACUCUGGCCUUAGUAGGAAGCAGCGGCUGUGGCAAAAGCACAUCCAUUCAGCUCUUGGAGAGAUUUUACGACCCUGUGGAAGGACAAGUGUUAGCAGAUGGAUUUGAUACCAGAUCUCUGAAUUCACAAUGGCUGAGGUCCAGACUGGGUCUGGUGUCACAGGAGCCCAUUUUGUUUGACUGCAGCAUAGCUGAAAAUAUUGCAUAUGGAGACAACAGUAGGGUGGUUAGUCAGAAGGAAAUUGAAGAAGCAGCUAAAGCAGCAAAUAUUCACACCUUCAUUGAAAAACUGCCAGAGAAAUAUAAUACCAGAGUGGGUGAGAAGGGAACGCAACUUUCUGGAGGUCAAAAGCAAAGAAUAGCAAUUGCCCGUGCUCUGGUUCGUAAUCCUGCCGUUCUGCUUCUGGAUGAAGCUACCUCUGCUCUUGACACCGAAAGUGAAAAGAUCGUCCAGAAAGCUCUGGAUAACGCUCGGCAAGGUCGAACCUGCAUCGUCAUUGCUCACCGCCUGACGACUGUGCAGACUGCAGACAUCAUUGCGGUGAUCCAGAACGGCAGGGUGGUUGAGCAGGGCACCCACAGCCAGUUACUGGCAAAGGAAGGACACUACUAUGCCCUUGUAAAUGCACAAGUCUCUCAUUAGUACUGU